CCUCAAAGCAAAAGUCACACAAAGUCUUCCGUUCUCUCUCUCUCACGCACGCAUAAUGCCUUUUCGACCCCGAAUCGCCAUCGUCGGCGGCGGACCCUCAGGUCUGGCACUCGGCCUUCUACUACAACAACGAGGCAUGCACCUCACGAUUUACGAAUUGCGAAGCAAGCCGACGCCAGAGGAGCUUGCAAAACCGUCCGGCAUGCUGGAUCUGCACAAGGAGUCUGGGUUACGGGCAAUGAGCGAGUGUGGCCUGUGGGAUGGCCUCCAGGCAGCGUUCGGCGACUGCUCUGAGGCGUGCCGCGUCCUCGACCCGCAGGCCACCGUGUUGCACACUGAUGACGGCGAGCAUUCGACUCGCCCAGAAGUUGCGCGGAAUGCGCUCACGAAGUUGCUUCUCGAGAACAUCCUUGGAGAUUUCAUCAAAUGGAACCACAAAGUCACGGCUGUACAGCGCGCCCGCAACGCGACCACAAACGCGAUAGAGAUCAUGCUCGACUUGGGUGCCAACGGCACCGAGACAUACGACUUCGUUGUCGGCGCCGACGGUGCUUGGUCCCGGGUGCGCAAGCUGCUCACAGACGUUACACCCUUCUACAGCGGCGCGCAGUUUAUAACUGCAACGCUGAGGAACGCCUCAUCCAAAUACCCACAUCUGGUUGCGCUGAGCGGGUCGGGCACACUCAGCGCGCUCGGCGGUGGCAACGGCAUUCUAACCCACCGUGGCCCACAGGACUCCAUCCGAGUGUACGCGGCUGUGAGCACGUCGCACGAGCACUGGGCUGAGGCGGUGGGGCUUGGGGGCAAGACGGCCGCUCAAGCCAAGAUUGUGCUCCUGGGUGACGAUAAACUCUUUGGCAAGUGGGCGCCCUCACUCCAGGACCUCCUCGCUACAGCUUGUGACGAGGACACUAAGGACAACCCCGGCAGCCCGGCCGAUAUCGCGCCCAUGUACAUGCUUCCCAUCGGUCACCGCUGGGAGACCCGCAUGGGAGCUACGCUGGUUGGCGAUGCGGCUCACCUGAUGACGCCGUGGGCCGGCGAGGGUGUCAACAUUGCGUUGUGGGACUCACUGGACCUAGCGCACACGCUUGGAGGGAUGCCUGAGGCCGAGAACGCCGCUAAGUGGCAAGAAGCGCUCGAGCCACGGUUGCGUGGGUUUGAGGAGGGGAUGCUGACGCGGGCGAAGGAGAAAGCAGAGGAGACGGCAAAGAAUAAGGAUAUGCUUUUGUCUGAAAAUGGUGGACAGGCGAUGGCUGAUAUGUUCCGUCAAGUGUUCGAGAGAAUAGCGGCCUGUAGCGCAGCAGCGAAUUAGAAAGGUACACACUCUUUCCUGUUUAGGCUCAGCGCCGGCUGGAACAACGAGUCGCCGGAGAAAUUAAAGAUUCUACAGAGGAACGUGAGC